AUGAGUCAUUCACCUAAGGCUUUUACUUGGACUUAAACUUCCUGUACUGUGAAAAUGAAAAGCAAUUACUAAAACCUCGUUUAAACAGUUACUCCAAAUCAAGGACCUGUUGGUUUGAAGAUCGAUACAGAGAGAGAAUUUCAACACUCUUGUGAUUUAGGAUGGAAUUGGCACAAAAGUUGGAAUAUCCCAAAUAUUUCUGUUAAAUUGAGCCUAAAAAACGAUGAAUGUGCUUAAUGGAUAAAUUGUUAGGUUGAACUCAAGGCAGUCAAAGAACUGUAAGCAGAUCUAUUUGAAGAAGUUGGAUUAGAAGGAACAACUAAUUAUGAAUUAGUAGAUGGAAGAGCAUUUUUCACAGGUGUAAAAUUUAAUAGUACCACUUACAAUCACCAAGGCCAUAAAUUUUAAUUGCUUUUAAUUAUUAAAGAAAGAGAGAACAUAAUUAUUUCAUUACAGUCACCACCUAUUUUUGUUGACAGUAGAAAAAGUGCUCGUGAUGAACAUCGAUAAAUACAAUCUAUCUCGCCUUUUGAACCUAAAUACUUAGAAAGAAGCUUCUGUAAGAAGGAGAAGUAUUAGAAUGACAUUGUUGAUGCCCCAAUUGAAAAUAAUGAAAAUGGAUUAUAUAAUUAUUUAACAGCUCCAAAUAUCAGAAACAAAAUUAAACAUCCACUAUUUCUGGCCUUAAAGUUUUCAAGAUGUUUCAACGUUUACUAUAUGCCCGAUGCUGAAGUCGAAAAUCAUCUUGUUGAACUAUAGAAACAACUCUUGUCCAAAUCACAAAUUUCCCAAUAUCUUUUGGUGUUUUAAUCAAAUAAUAACAGAAUUAAGAGAAAGAUUGAGGAUUCUUUGAAUUAGCUAUUUGGGUAGAGUAAAAUCUAAGUUGUGGAAAAGAAGCAUCUUAAUGAAUUCACCCACCGUAAAUUAGAAUUCACUGCAGAGGAUUAUUAAGGAUCUUAUAAUUAAUUGACCCUUUUAAUGAAUCAGUUUACUCUUAAUUAAUAAUAACCUUCAGAAUUUUAAUCAUAGAUUCCAAAUCAAACACAAUAGUAGGCUAUUGAAAUUGAACCUUAAUCUUAAUAAUAAAUUAAAUUGCCCUUAAAUCAUCUAGAAAGAAAAUCCGCUUUUAAAAAAUACAAAGACUUUGAUAAAUUGCCAACCAAAAAUUUCGAAGAAGAAAAGGCAGAACAAUAAUAAAGAGUAGAGAAGUUAAAUAAUAUUCGAGAAAUGGAAAAAUAUGAAAAAAUUCAAAAAAUAAUUAAGAUAGAGGAGAAUAACAAAGAUUAAUAUUAAUAAUAAUAAUAAUAAUAAUAAUAAUAAUAAUAAUAAUAAUAAUCAUAUUAGUAAUUGUAAAUUGCAUCUAAUUAUUAUACCAACUAAUAUAAUUGCUUUAAUCCUAAUGUUUCAAUGCUCUUUUAAUAAAAAUUGUAAGAACAACUAUUAUAAUUUUAUAUGAUUUAGUAAUAGUUAUUGCUCCUAUAAAUGCCUUCUUCUGUGUGAUAUUAAAUUUAUUAUUAAACAAAUUGAUAUUAUCGAAAUUAAAAAUAAAUAAAA